AUGACCGAAACGGAGCAAGAAGCGUUUGCUGAUUUAGUGGCAGAACUGGAAACUCAAACUGCAGAAGCAGUAAAAGCUUUCAGUAAAGUUUUCGAUCGGAUGGAGGAAACGAACGAUGACAAAGAAGGGCUUAGUCUUCUGAAGCUGAAAAACUAUGAAAUGACAGCGUACCUUGGAGAGUUGACUGUCCUUAUGUCGAAAAUGAUGAAAGGAGAGUCAAUUACAGUAGAACCAUCUGUUAAAAGAGCUUUAAAGCAUAGAGUGUUCAUUGAAAAAAUGAAACCAGUCGAGGAUAAGAUGAAACCUCAAAUUGAAAAGCUACUAGGCCGGUCAAGCGCCGAGAGUGGAGCAUCAAAUGGUUCUUCCAAGGGAAAUCACAGAGUUCGAUUAGACAAUAUGGACGUUGAAGGAGAUGAAGAAGAAGAGGAGGAAGAUGAAGAUGAUGAGGAAGGAAAAGGAGCAAAGGAAGUUAAGAAAUAUGUGGCACCAAGAAUUAGAGCAGUUCGAUAUGAAGAAGAAGACGAAGCUCCGAACAAGCAACAAGAAAAGGCAAAACGUCGUGCAAUGCAAAGUAGUCUUAUUAUGGAACUCAAAAAUCAAUACAGUGAUGCUCCGGAAGAAAUUCGAGAGAUGAGUGAGAAGAAAUAUCAAUAUGAUCGUGAGAGAGAACGUUAUGAGGAGGAUAACUUCACCAGAAUUCGAUUGAAUAAGGAUCAGAAACGACGAAGCGAACAACUAGGACGUUCGGAAACUCUUGAUGAUUUGCUCAGUUUUGGAGAUUAUAUGAUGAGAGGAGAAGAUGGUAGAGCACUUUCCGAAGGAAAUAAAAGAAAGCGUGCUACAUCUUCUGGUGCUGGCGGGGACACAAAACGACACAAAAAAUCCCAAAAGGAACGAAAGAAAGCGGCAAAAGGAAAGAAGGAAGGACGAAAAAGGGCUAUUCGCAGAAGACAAUAAUGUUUUUUGUUGCAUUUUUAUUUGCCAGUUGUUGAAUUUUUUGUUAACUUUUUAUUUGUUUUGUUUUACUUGUUUUUAUUGUAUUAGAAACAACACUUAAAAAAAAU